AUGCCAGCACUCGAUUCUAUCCGCGUAUUGGAGCUAGCAGGACUGGCACCUGGGCCAUUCGCAGGGCUCCUGCUGGCUGAGAAUGGCGCAGAUGUUUUGAGAGUGGACCGCGUUGAGCCAGGCCCUACUCCAAGCCCGGAUGUCCUGGUACGUGGGAAAUCAUCUAUAUGUGUCGAUCUCAAAAGCGACGAAGGACAACAACUUUUUCUGCGACUGAUCCCUCAUGUCGAUGUUGUGAUCGAUCCUUUCCGACCUGGAGUCUUGGAGAAAUUGGGACUUGAUCCCACUAGAGUUUUGCUACAACAAAAUCCCAAGCUCAUUGUGGCACGGCUCACUGGAUUCCGACGAGAUGGAAAGUACUCUAGUAUGGCGGGUCACGACCUCAAUUACCUUGCUGUCUCUGGCGUUCUGUCAAUCCUGGGCCCUUCCAUUCGGCUCCCGCCUUUGAACCGUCCUCUUCCACCUAGCCCGCCUGGAAAUAUUCUCGGAGACUUCGCUGGCGGUGGACUUGUUUGCUUUGUUGGAAUUUUAUUGGCGCUGAUCUCACGCACGAAAACUGGAAAGGGCCAAAUCGUGGAAGCGAACAUGGUUGAUGUGGGACCAACCCCGGGGGAGAACCUAGUGGAUGGAGGGUGUCCUUAUUACAAUGUAUACGAGUGCAAGGACGAAGGCAAAUACAUGGCUGUGGCAUCACUGGAACCGAAGUUUUUUGAGGCUCUGAGCCAUGGUCUCCGCUUGUGUGACAAGGAUUGGGGAGGAAGUCGCGAGGACCGAAAGAAUUGGCCAAUGAUCAAGAUUCUCUUUGAGAAGGCAUUCCGAACGAAAACUCGAAAAGAGUGGGAAGCUAUUUUCGAUGGUACUGAUGCCUGCUGCACUCCUGUCUUGAGGCACGAGGAACUGGAACUUAACAAUUACGAGCAGCGCCCAUUGGUCUCACUCAAAAAUACCCCCUCACUCAUGCCUGAUAAUGGAUGGGCAGUGAAAACUCUUUCGCCAGGAAUUGGAGGAGAAGACCUGCUACGAAAGUGGGCCGGGUGGAAAGAGAACAAGGACUUUGUAACAGUCAAUGGAGGGCUCUACAACAAGGAGGCGGCUAAAAUGUGA